CUACUAUCCCCUGUCCAGAACCGUCACCACUGCCACCACCAUUCUCCAUCUAGUCUCUUCUUUCGGCAAUAUUUGUUACGAGACGAAGAGAACCUGGUGGAAAUCGGGACCCUGAGAUCCCUUUUACAGUUGCGUUCAUUCUCAGGUUAAUAGCCCAGAGGAAGGGAGAAGAUCCGAUCACAGUCAAGUGCCCUUUCUGCUAAAGCGACAAGCAAGGAGUGUUGUCUGUUGGACGUUUGCGACGUCAGUUCGGCGAUCUCAUCCAAAGUUAUCGGUUGUUGGUUAGCGCUACCGACGAUUUUACUAGGUAUUAUCCACAGUUAACUAAGUUAACUUAAUGUUAGCCAAGUAACGUAUCGCUAAAGUUUCCGUUAACGUUAUAUCUCGGAAGCAUGCAUCUCCCAAAACUUUGUUAAUUUAGAAUCUAGGCUACGUUAAUGUUAACUCUACGUUAUCGUUAAUAGAUUAACAGAUUUGCGUCAUAUUUAAAAAGAAGUUAAGCUGCUGAUGUUUUGCUGGUAACGUUAUAUUUGUGUGUUAGCCUGGUAAUUUAUCAGACAACACCGUAAGUCAACGUUACCGUUUAUUUACAUUAUAGCUACUGUGUUAACGUCAUUGAGCAAGAGAGCUAGCUGCUAACUAGUUAGCCGAGGUUACUUCUUUUUGAGAUAGCUAAGGUUACUUCUGAAUCAUGAUUGCCCGAAGACCAAACAUCGGGAGCAAAUGAAGACAUCAUACUAUUUUGUUUUCGUUAUAUGUUAUUGGCGUGUUCGCUAACGUCUGUCUUUGUACGCACACGCAAGUCAACACUAGCAGCUAGUGGUGUAACUUGAACGUCAAGGACUCGGGACAUGAGUUGGCUAACGUUAGCUGGCAAGAAUUAGCCUUGUCCAGGCGAUUGGCUUAUCGAAGCAGAGGAAGUUGCCUGCCCAACAUGUUAGUAAUACCGAGGUUGACAGUUGACGAUGUCUGAAAUACUUCUAACGGUACUUGUAAAUAUAAUUGUCUAGCGCUUUAACUGUAAGUUAGCCAUCGUUUGUCGAAUACGUCGCACCUAGUGAAUGAUUUAGCUAACCUUCCAUAUUUUCUUAGCCUCUGUGGCCUUCGGCUAGCCUGUGUAACGUUAACGUUAGCAACCGCCAGGCAUCUGCAUCCGGCUCCGUCGCAGCAAGGUUGUUUUUCUGUCCUAUUUUUGUGAAACAGUGGAAAGGAUUCAUCAUCCAUACGUUUAGUGCAUACCUGGAAACCCUUCAAUUAAUUGUCGAACCGAAGGUCGACACUAGGGAUUACUAGCGCGCAGUUGGCUGGCAGCACCGCUCGUGGGGGCGGAAUCAACUGGCUGCUGGUGGGUGUGGCCGGCGGGCUGGCUCCACCCCCUCCGGGCGGCAGCCUGCGCUCUCAGCCGCCCCCUCCUCCACGCUCGCCUGGCCUCCGCGCCCGCGCCCAUGCCCCCAGCGCCUCACGCGCCUCUAACGCCAUGUGCGUCCCGCACAGCAUGGAGGUGGGCAAGCACAGUGGCGGCCACAGCCAAGGGCAGACACCGCAGCAGCAGCAGACUCAGAUGCAGCAGCAGGCAGGGGCCACUAGGCAGCGCUCUGGAGGGGUGCCUCUGGAGCCCUUUGUGCACCAAGUGGGGGGCCACACCAGCAUGAUGCGCUAUGAUGACCACACUGUGUGCAAGCCCCUCAUCUCCCGCGAGCAGCGCUUCUACGAGUCCCUUCCUCCUGAGAUGAAGGAGUUCACGCCGGAGUACAAAGGUGUGGUGCUGGUGUGCUUUGAGGGAGAUCUAGAUGGCUACAUUAACCUGGUGGCAUACCCAUAUGUGGAGAGUGAGGGGCUGGAACAGGAAGAGCAGGUUGAGCGUGAGCGCGACCAACCCCGCCGCAAGCACUCCCGCCGCAGCCUGCACCGCUCCAGCAGUGACCACAAGGAGGAGAGGCCUGCACACGAGAGUGACAGCAGCGACAAUUUGCAGGAAUUGAAGAGUCCACGACUUGAACUGCAGAUGCACUCGGAGGUGCCAUUCCAAAUGCUGGAUGGGAACAGCGGCCUUAGCUCAGAGAAGAUUACUCACAACCCUUGGAGUUUGCGCUGUCACAAGCAACAGCUUAGCCGGAUGCGGUCAGAAUCCAAAGAUAGGAAGCUCUACAAAUUCCUUUUGUUGGAGAAUGUGGUGCAUCACUUCAGCUAUCCCUGCAUCCUUGACCUGAAGAUGGGCACCCGGCAACACGGCGAUGAUGCAUCAGAAGAGAAGGCAGCGCGCCAGAUGAAGAAGUGUGAGCAGAGCACCUCUGCCACGCUGGGGGUGCGGGUCUGUGGGAUGCAGGUGUACCAGAUGGAUACGGGACAUUAUCUGUGCAGAAACAAAUAUUAUGGCCGUGGCUUGUCCAUUGAGGGAUUCAGGCUUGCUCUCUACCAGUUCAUGCACAAUGGUGCGCAGCUGCGGCGGGACCUGUUUGAGCCCAUUCUCAGCAAACUACGUAGUCUGAAGGCAGUGUUGGAGCGGCAGGCCUCAUACCGCUUUUACUCCAGCUCACUACUUAUCAUAUAUGAAGGGAAGGAGGCUGAGGUGUGGACCAAAGCUGAAGCCCUGGCCAAUAACAAGGACACUAGUCAGGGUCUGUUGCUCCCCCACAAUCCGCAGGGCCCCCCACAACCCAUGGAGGCUGCUCCAGGUGCCCCACCACCUAUAGACCUCCUCCCACCGCCACAAGAGCCUCCGGUCCCCCUCCCUCAUCCCCUCUCUGACAGCCAAGCCCAUCCACAGCCCCCCAGCGUGGACGUCCGAAUGAUAGACUUUGCCCACAGUACCUUUAAAGGCUUCCGAGAUGACCAGACGGUGCAUGAUGGGCCUGAUCGGGGUUAUGUGUUUGGACUAGAAAGCCUCAUCAAGAUCCUCGAGGCCAUCAGGGAAGAGAACAAGUAACUGACACAACUAGCCCUCUACACUUGAUUAACUAUAUAUAUUAUUUUUUACCUUUCCCUUCUGCAUUUUGUUUGUUGUCUCUCGUCUUCACUUCGCUCUGUCUGUCCAACUUCAACUUAAUUUGACUCUUCACAAAGCCUAUCCUUGAUGUUACCUUAAAGAACUGGACACUGACAGCCAAGAGACAUCUGUGAGAAGUAAAAGCACAUUAAACAAGUGGAGAAGCCGCUUUGCAUGAGUGCAACCAAACAGACUCUGGAGGGUUCUCUCGUCUUUUCUUUCCUCAGCCAUCACAAGCGAGGAUGAUACUAAGGGCCAGCAAUCUGGACAAAAAAGCUGCAGUCCCCACUCCCUGAUGGAUAUGAACAGCUUUGGCCCACAAUGUGAAGAGGGCAUGUCGCCACCAUGUGGCCAAGCCGUAGUAUUGUAAAGCAGGCGUGUACUCACCAAACAGCCACAGCUCAGGGCUAGUCCAGAGGCCCUGCUGCUACACUGUGGGGGUUGUUAUGCUGGGACAAAUCUACGUGUUUGCACUUUCAGGCAGUUUCAUUGGAUGGCUGUGGGGGUCUUACAAAACAAAUCAUCCUCCAUAGCAGUAUUACCAAGCAGGGCAAGCCAGUGGAACAGCCCACAUUCUCCAUGGGAUGAGAAGAGCUGUAUUGUAAAGGGAGUUCUAAGGUUACCAGGUUCCUCUAUAUGAAACCAAAAGAAGGUGAACCUAUCCCACCACUUUAUGGACUAGGUGGAGAAAUGACCCCACAGCCUGUCUGUUUGGGAAUUACAUAAACAGGUCAUUUAUUUAUUUUAAUGUUGCUUUAUUGUAGCCAUCUUAUCCAAUUCCAUUUUAACGCUGUCAUUGCAUUUGUUGUUGUUUACUUUCCAGUUUAGCCUGUUCUUCUGGAGACAGCCAUCUCUUUCUUCCUAUUGUUUUCGGUUUUAUAACCCUUCUGUAAUUGUAGUGGACCUGCCUCUAGGUAUGUGUGUGGGGGCAGUAUGUAUACACAUGCCUGAUCCUGCUUCUUAUGGUUGGGCUCCCUUGUGUUACAAAAUACUUUUUUGUCAAAUCCAAAGAGAAAGUACUCCUCAUACCAUACCAUUUGCACUGUAAAACAUUGGAAGGCAUGAUUUAAUUUAUUUUUUCUUUCCAUCAAUUUUGUUAUUUUGGGGUUAUUGCUUAGGGACUGUCUAUAAAUUAAUAACACCAAUUUCAGUGUCCUUGUCCUCCAUCAGCACAUGUAGCAAAAUGUACAGAAAAAAACAUAGAGAACUUAACUCCACCUCCUCCCGUACAACUUUUCUUUUUUUUUGCCUGCGUUCCUCGUCCUCACUAAUUUUGGGAUGUUUCCCCUGUAGUGACACUCCUAGGAUGUCCGCUGUGUUAUUGGAACCAUUGUACACUGUAUUCAUUGAUCCUGUUGGUAUAUUAAGAAGUGGACUCAUUAAUUUCCUACCCCUUGCACAGAACGGUCCAGCAGUGGUUUACAGUGGCCAUAUGUACUCCUUCAGAGCACUUUGUGAGCGUACCUAUGUUUGUCUGCAGUAAUGGCCUUGAUAUAAAAGCGCACUCAGUUAACUCUAUGUCCAACUUCCAAGAGACAGUGGCCAGUCCACAGGGCUCUUGCAGGUCACUUGGUCCAUAUAUUACAGUACGGCACUGUAACUGUUGUUCAAGAAGUGCUGUUCAUUUGCACUGAUCAUAGUGGAUCAAUGGAUGGAUUUGGACAGCAGCCGUUGUACCUUAGUCCACAUUAAGCAAAUGUUUCCUUUCUGUGCUAGUUAUGACCCUGUCCUUAUUUAUUGAAGAUAUGCUCACGUUUUAACUUGUAUGAAGACACAAGAAUAUUAUGGCGCAGUCACAUAUUUUUAUCAGUAGGAAGCUGUUAUUCAGAUACAAUUUAGCACUACUAGAUAAUGUUAAAAGUUAAAUGAGACCGGGAGUUGAUGGUUAAGCCAACUGCAAAGGUUAUUUUGGUACCCCCACAGUAAUAUUUGAUUAGGUACUUGGUUGGUUCAGGAUGAAUUUUAUUUUCUUUCCUUUUUUUAAAUGCCUCUGGGCUUUUAGCAGUCAGUUUGUAUGAAAAGUGAGAAAGACAAAAAAAAAAGGUGUUCCUACAGUUGAAGUGAAGAGAUGUGCCAAGGAUAUGAUAAUCCAGCAAUGGGGUUGAAGGGAAAUGAGUCCACAUGUUCAAAUGAUUUAGAUAAAGAGGAAAAGUCCUCAUCUGUGGUAGAUUUUUAUCUUUCCAGAGAAGUUAGAUAUAUUUACCUGUAGAGAAAUCACUAUUACCCCCCACCCCCAGAGUUUCCUUUUGUUGUUGCAUGGAUGGAUAUUUUUUUAAGAAAAACCUAUAUAUAAUAUGACAUCUUUAUGACAACUUUGAAUGUGAGCUAUAAAACAUUUAUUUAAGAAAUGAA